AGAUUUUUCCUUUAGGAAACCACGACCUGCUGAGAUCUUAACCUCUUCAUUCCUCCUCUUCUCUUCCUCUCUCUUCUAUCUACCACAGCAGGAUACUAUUCAUCGAACCGCAAUAACUAUAACUAUCAUAUAUCACUCACACAUCUUGCUCUUCACCAUGCGUCUCGCUCUCGCCAGCCCAAUGGCUCUGUCUCUCGCGUCCACCGUCUUGGCCGCUUCCAACUUCACCGAAGCUCCCAUCAUCACGAAUAGCCAGCAGGGUGUGCUGUAUGAGGCCACCCUGUUCAGCAAGCAGAAUACCUCCAUCCGUGGAGUGGUGACGGCCUGGGCUCCAUCGAAUGCAAUUGGCGUCAAGUUCCACGUUGACUUUUGGGGAUUCCCCCCGGACGUCCGUGGUCCUUACCCCUACCAUAUCCACCUCGAUCGCGUCCCCCAAGACGGCAACUGCUAUAGCGCCGGUGGACAUCUCGACCCCUAUGACCGCGGUGAGCAGCCUGCCUGCGACCCGAACCAGCCGCAGACGUGUCAGCUCGGAGACCUGAGUGGGAAACACUCGCCCGUCUACGUGGCUCCAAAUGCGCAGUUCGAGGCCGAAUACACCGACUUGUUCCUGUCCACCACCAAGGGCAGCGACGCGUACAUUGGCAACCGGUCCAUCGUUGUCCAUGCGCCGGACGGCACGCGUCUCAACUGUGGCAACUUUGUGCUUCUCGAGGAGGUUGAGUAGGCCGAGUAGUUGGAGCAGAUAAUGACACACCUGUGGCCCUAAGAACCCACGGAGAAUAUUCUUAACUAGACAAUGGAUGAUUGCAUGUCAUUAAACAUUUGACUAGUAACCUGUAGAAACCAUCAUGAUAUCAUAACCCCUAUAAAAAAUCAACGUAAAAUAGAUAAGUUAUAUCAAAGUCUCGUCCCCCCCCCCCUCAAUUCGGCUGCCCAUCGAGUCG